AAACCCCUGAAAAGCUGUAGUUUCCCAUUUAGAUUUAGCUAACAGCAGCAUGCCAAUCCCCUGAGAACGCAGGAAGGAGGCUGCUUUCAUUUUCACUACUUUCCCUGCCCAGAGAGGCUGAGCAGCGAUGGCCGACAAGAAAUCAACCCAAGAUACAGUCAAUGAGAUAAAGGGGCUUGCCAGCAAUGUGCUGAAUAGCUUUAUUGACGGCUGGAAGGAAAACAAGGUGUUAAAUAAGCAAGAGUUACGAACAAUAGGGAAAAGACUGAAUGUCCUCGUGGAUAAGACGGAAGACCUGGUUGAUGACCUCAGUGAGAAAUCUCAAGUAGUAGGAAAAAUAUUAAUGAACCGUGUCUUCGGUCCCAAGAGCCAGCUGACUCUAGAAAUUCUUGAUGAAAUUGACAAUUAUGAAUCUGACAGCAACGAGUUGUCUUCCUCUUCAACAGAAUCUGAAGAUGAAAGUAACAGAACUAAAAAGGAGAAAUAUGCUGAGUCGGCCCAGAAAGUAGAUCUUCCCGUAGUGGGAGCCACCAAACCAACUGGCUCAUGGAGAACCUCAGAUUGCACUCAGGACAAAAAAUCAACCCAAGAUCGAGUCAAUGACAUAAAGGGGAUUGCCCAUGGCAUGCUUGAUACCUUAAUUGAGGACUUGAAGGAAAACAAGGUGUUAAGUGAGCAACAGAUAGAAACACUAGGAAAAACGGCACAUGUCAUCGUGGAUAAGACUGAAGACCUGGUUGGUGAUUUCAGUGAGAAAACUCAAAUGGUGGGCAAAAUAUUAAAGAACCAUUUCUUCAGUCCCAAGAGCAAGAUGAGUUUAAAAAUUCUUGAUGAAAAUGAGCAUGAUGAAUCUGUGAGAACCAAAUCAUCUUCCUCUCUGACAGUUUUUCAGGAAAUCCAGGCUUCCCAAAUCAACGUGAAGCUUUGUCCUUGUAGCCAUUUUGAGGAACCAAGGACAAUAGGGGCCCACGAGAUAUAUCCAGUGAUGGAGAAGGAGAGCCGAACACGGCUGGCCCUCAUCAUUUGCAACAAAAACUUUGAUCAUCUUUCUGAGCGACAAGGCUCUGAAAAGGACAUUUCGGGGAUGCAAGACUUGCUUGAAAACCUUGGAUAUUCAGUGGUUCUAAAGGAAAAUCUCACUGCUCCGGAAAUGAAGGCCGAGCUGGAGCUCUUUGCCGCGCGCCCAGAGCACCGCUUCUCAGACAGCACAUUCCUGGUGUUCAUGUCUCACGGCAUCCUGGACGGGAUCUGUGGGACAAAGCAUAAGGACAAAGAGCCGGAUAUCCUUCAUGAUGACACCAUCUUCCAAAUUUUCAACAACCGUAACUGCAGAAAUCUCAAAGACAAACCGAAGAUCAUCAUCAUGCAGGCCUGCCGAGGCAGAGGCAAUGGGUCCGUCUGGGUGACGGAUGUGGGAGAAGCAUCUGCAUUUCCAGAGAACCAGCCCCUGACACGCUACCUCUUCAGUGACGCCAUAGGAAGGACCCAUGUGGAGAAGGACUUUAUUGCUUUCAAAUCUUCAACUCCACAUAAUGUUUCUUGGAGAUUGAACACAGAAGGCUCUCUCUUCAUUUCCCAACUUAUCCACUACUUCAAGAUGUAUUCUUGUUGUCAUCAUUUGGAGGAGAUUUUCCGAAAGGUUCAAAAUUCAUUUGAGACUCCAAACGUAAUUACCCAGAUGCCCACAAUUGAGAGAGACUCCAUGACACGGUACUUCUACCUCUUCCCUGGGAAUUAAAACUCAUACACCGCAUCUCAGGAAAACCAAGCCAUUAUGUUCUUGAUGAAUCUACUACUUUAAAAGGUGAAUGUUUGCUCGUGAAUAUUUUUAUACCAAACUUCCCUAGCGCCCACCCUCAACCAAGGCCAAGUGAAAAUCACUGUCAUAUUGUUGCUGAGU